AUGGCUCUAUCCAUUCUUUCCACUUCUCUUCUUCUUGCCAGCAUCGUCGCUGGUCAGACGCCUGGUAAUAUUACAGACAACCACCCCGCACUUGAAACAUUCCGAUGCACCGUCAAAGACGGUUGCGUGCGGAAGACCAAUUACAUCGUCGUGGACUCCAGUCAACAUGACAUCAAAACUGUUGAAGGUGUCAGCUGCCUCACUGGCAACAAUCCACCAAACACCACGGCUUGCCCAAAUGCUGAGGCUUGCGCGAAGAACUGCAUCAUUCAGGGCAUCCCAGACUACGCUGCCAAGGGUGUCACCACCUCAGGUGCGGACAUCCGCAUGCAGAUCCUCAAGGAUGGCAAUAAGGUCUCCCCCCGCGUUUACCUGUUGGAGGAGAACAAGCAGCGCUACGAGAUGCUUCAACUCACUGGCAACGAGUUCAGCUUCGACGUGGACAUGAUCAAGUUGCCAUGCGGCAUGAACAGCGCGCUUUACCUCUCUGAAAUGCUGCCCGAUGGCGGCAAGAACACCAGCAUGCUGAACAAAGCCGGCCCGGCCUACGGUACCGGGUACUGCGAUGCCCAGUGCUUCAAGACAUCGUUCAUCAACGGAGUCGGAAACAUUGACAACAAGGGCUCCUGCUGCAACGAGCUCGACAUCUGGGAGGCCAACUCCCGCGCUACGCACAUCGCGCCGCACCCGUGCAACAAGCCUGGCCUGUACCAGUGCACCGGUGAGGAGUGCGAGAAGGCGGGUGUCUGCGACAAGUCCGGCUGCUCGUGGAACCCGUAUCGAACUGGAGGAAACUUCACCACGUUCUACGGCCGAGGCAGCGACUUCAGGGUCGACACGACCAAGAAGAUGACCGUUGUUACCCAAUUUCCCGCCGAGAACGGAAAGCUGAAAGAACUCCGCCGCCUGUACAUCCAGGACGGCAAGGUCGUCCACAACAACGUCGUCAACAUCCAGGGCCCGCCGAAGAUCAACUUCAUGAACGACGAGUACUGCACGGCGACGAACGCGAAGGAGUUCAUGACUUUGGGCGGCAUGACUGGCAUGGGCGAGUCCAUGAGCCGCGGCAUGGUCCUUGCAAUGAGCAUCUGGUGGGACGAUGCCACGGCGAUGGAGUGGCUUGAUACCAAGGCUGCUGGUCCCUGCAACGCGACUGAGGGCUUUCCGGACAAUAUUGUCAAGGUUGAGGCGAACCCUGAAGUCACUUUCAGCAACAUCCGCUAUGGAGAGAUUAACUCCACCAUGAACAUGAAGUUGUAA